UAGCAGGUUGCGGGUCAUACGCAUUGUGUCAAUCAAGCUCAGAACCGGUCGGUUCGGCCGGAGCAGGUUGCGGGUCAUAUGCAGAGUUGUUAGGGACAUGCACUCUAACGCGACAAAAGAUCUGGCCGGAAGAGAGGAGGUGAGCGGCGACGGAAACCAUGAUCGGGGUGGGAAAGAUUAAGCACUACACCAACCUACUCGAGAAACCCCUUAGCAGAGGCCGGCAGGAGGUCAGUUUGAGCGCAUUUGCGUUCUUGUUCUCCGAGUUGGUGCAGUACAACCAGACACAAGUUGAUAAUAUCGCGGAGUUGGAAAGAAGGCUUGAAGAUGCAGGCUAUGCUGUUGGAGCAAGAGUUCUUGAACUUCUUUGUCAUAGAGAAAAGGGUAACAGAAGGGAGACUAGACUGCUUGGGAUUUUAUCAUUUGUGCACAGUACUGUCUGGAAGGUGCUCUUUGGAAAGGUAGCUGACUCGCUUGAGAAAGGAACUGAACAUGAAGAUGAGUAUAUGAUCAGUGAAAAAGAGCUUUUGGUCAAUCGAUUUAUAUCAAUACCAAAGGACAUGGGAGCAUUCAACUGUGGGGCAUUUGUUGCCGGGAUUGUCAAGGGUGUUCUAGAUAGCGCUGGUUUCCCUGCUGUUGUAACGGCACACUUUGUUCCUAUGGAGGGUCAACAGCGGCCACGGACUACAAUUUUGAUAAAGUUUGCGGAAGAGGUACUCAGGAGAGAAGCGAGACUUGGUUAACGGAUCAGGUCUGCAUUAAAACAUUCAAGGCUUGAAUCUGCAGCUACAUAAUUUAUGCUGAUAUUUCAAGUGACUACCUAUACACACGGUUUUUCUUGUCUGAGAGCUGCUGCUUCUGGUAUCAUUGCAAUGAAUUUGAAUUUAAUCUUCUGACUCUUCAUUUCUAUGAUACUAUACUGAAAACUCAAGGUUUAUUUUCGCUGUCACUGUUUGCUUAUGUAUUUUGUGAAAAGUACUUUGUGAGAUUUUGAAAUGAAACCAUUUGUUGCCAUUUCUAUCAA